AUGGACUCCGGCUUCUCCUCCAAGCUGUACUCCCGGCCCCCGGGGGCCCAGACGAGGAUGCAGGUCAACCCGACGCUGCUGGUGAGCUGGUGGGCGACGGGCUUCUCGCUCGCCAUUAUCCUCGUGCGUGUCUGCGGCCGCUACAUUCGGACGGAGAGGCUCUUCACCGAGGACUGGGUGAUGGCGCUCAGUACCAUCCCGCUGCUCAUCCGCAUGGGCUUCACCCAUGUAGUCCUGCUGUUCGGCACCAACAAUGCCUCACAGUACCACCACCGCUUCUCGCCAGACGAGAUCCAUAAGCGCGAGAUAGGGAGUCGCAUGGUAUUUGGUGCGAGGAUCUUUUACGCCAUUUUUAUAUGGACGGCCAAGUUCACCAUUGCCGAAUUCCUGGGACGCAUCACAGCGCAGAUCUGGAGGCGUUCGUUCCAGUAUGUCCUCCAGAUCAUCCGCUUCUUCCUUGCAGUCACCUUCGUCGCCGUGGUCAUCACCACCCUGACCGAGUGCCAGCCCUUCGACCACUACUGGCAGGUCUCCCCUGACCCGGGGCCGCAGUGUCGUCAGGGCUAUGCGCAGCUCAUCACCAUGGGGACUUGCAACGUCGUCACAGACUUGCUCCUGGUCAUGUUUCCCAUCCCCAUCAUCCAGCUGUCCGCCAUGCCUACAGGCCGCAAGAUCUCCUUGACGCUGCUCUUCACUCUCCCGCUCGUUCUGGUGGCCAUUACCUGCUACCGGAUACCGUCCGUCAUCUCCCACCAAGGAUCUCAACAAUACCGCUCCUUGCUGGCCUCCCUCGAGAUCCUCGCUGCCGCUGCCGUAUCGAACGCCAUCGUCAUUGGAUCCUUCGUCCGGGACCGUGGCCUGAAGAAGCAAAAGUUCAAAGCUGCCUCGUUCAGCGAGAGCCUGGAACAGACGACCUCCCGCCGGGCCACCAUCACUCACCACCAUUGGGGUUCUGAUGCAGAUCUUGUCAGCGACCUAGGCAUCAGGCUCGAUCCCAGUCUGCGCCCGCUGAGCUACCAGAAGAUCCGGCCUGCUCCAGUAGCCGUUCCUCAUGCUGUGUUGUCCAAACGGGGCUCCGUGGAUCGCAACUGGCAAUUCCCAUCCGCACAGCAGCUUGCAGAUGACGACCGUACGUCCACCUCUGAUAGCCUAAGCGGUCUGAAAGUCCAUCCUUACGAGUAUAUAGAAACAAACUCCCGUCCGCCAGCCCGCAGGUCCAACAGCGCCACCCCGUCCAAAUACAUCUCCCUUUCCAAGGUAUCCCUCAACGACGUCGGCGGACUGCUCGAUCCCCCCAGGCCCAAGGAAGAGCCCAUCCCUCCGCCUCCUGCGGCACACAUUUCUCCCCCCAACGCCCUCCCUGAAGCCCCUGGACCCUCCCGUAGCCGGACACAUCUCUUCCGCACCGUAGCUGGAUUCCUCUCCCCCUCAAGCAGCGGAAGCUCCCCCAGCCAAUCCUCCCCAUCGCCAGGCAGUUCUCCACGGGUGCUACCCAACUUCUCGCGUCCUACACUCAACAACACAUACCUGGCUACUGGAGCCCGGCCAGCACCAAACCACGACAGAAGACCGCCUUCUCCCGACAUAUCUCCUGACGAG